AUGUCCGACGUGUCGCUCGCGCUCGCGCUGCUGCUGCUGCUCGCUGCUUGCGGCGCGUUGCUGCUGUGGCUUAUCUCGCAGCGCAACACUGACAGCAGCACCGUCGGCGGCCCUGCGCUGGCACGCAAGAAGGGCAGACUUCGGUCAGCGCAGAGCGUAUCGGGAUCCGGUGCAUGUCGGCAUGGCAAUAACAGCGAAGAUGAGAGUCACCAAGAUGAGGAGGACGACAACGGCGGGCAGGACGGCGCUGCUGGUCGGCGUCGCAUAGGUGCAGGUGGUGGUCUACAUCGCCGUCGACACCAGCGGCGCGGCGCCAAUGCCCACCGUGGCGGCAGUGACGGUGAUGAGAACGACCACAACGAUGACGAAGGGGCCGGUGGCAUCCCCGACACGGACGAGAACGGCGUAAAGAUGACGCGGCUGCAGCGCAAGAAGCUCGCGAAGGAGCGUGAGCGUGAGGAGCGCCGACAGGCGCAAGAGGCUGCCCUCGAGGCACAACGACAGCGCAUGGACGCCAGCGAGCUGCGCGACGCUGAGGUCGCGCGGCGCGAGGAGGAGCGCAAGGCAGCCGAGGAGGCGGCACUGCAGCAGCUUCGCGAGGAUAAGAAAAAGGCCGACGAUGAAGAAUAUGCCAAGUGGAUCUCGCACAUUGGCGUGGAAGAGCGCGGUGAACUUGGUGACGAGGUGCGGAAGCGGCAGGCGCGCGUACAAUCCUUCUUGCUAGACCGCGCGGCGCAGGUGCAGGCCCGUGCACAGCGCUCUGCCGGUGGUGCGCAUAGUAGCACGAGUGAGGAGGAAUGCAUUCAUGUGCUCGUACUGCAGACGGCGGCGCGUGACUUGAUAGUGUCAGUGGAGGAGCUUGUAGGCACCAUUGAGCGUCUCUCGCAGGCGGACAAAGUGCACGGCGUGUUCGACGACCGCGGCAAGUAUAUCUUCAUCGCGCCGGAGCAGUUCCCGCUGCUCGCGCAGUUCAUCCGGCUCCGCGGGCGUGUGUCGGUGCAGGAGUUCACGCGUGAGUGCAACCGUAUCGUAAUGCAGUCGUAG